CACUGGCAGAAUCAAAGGAAAGAGCUCCCUGGACCUUCCUCCUGGAAUUCUUCAAACCCGAAGCCUUCCCACGUUCAGUUCCUGUUGUGAGAGGCUCUGUUCCUUCCUUCAGCAUCCUCCAGGGACCACCACAGCAAGACGUACUAAUAAUACUGGGGACCUUGCCCUCCACCGCUUCCCGGAAACUGAUGCCCAGGUGUCUCCGAUUCUGGGAUUCCAUGUUCACAUGCCUUCCACAACAAACCUUUGUCUGCUAGUGGACUUUGGGGACAGUUCCAAAGCUGCAAUGAGGCUCUGCGACAUGACUGACACAGCAGUGAUGACUGCCUACCACCAGUACAGGAAAGAAGGAGUCUAUAAGCUCAGGGCUGUUGUUCAUGAGUUUCAUGGAACUGACAUGGAGCUGGGACCAUAUUUUGUGAAAAUUGGCCAUGAGGAUAUUUCUGUGUUCAUGAAUGCUAGCAGUGUUCAUGAGGAUGAAACCCUUAUCUUUGCUGACUCCCACCUGAAGCAGGAAGGCACUGUUGUGAUGCAUCAUUUUUCAUCCAUUUUGACAUAUAAUGUGUCAUUUACUUCUCAGACCCUAGUGGGAAACAGGCAAGCUUUGUCCAGUGUGAAUGUAGAAUAUGAGCUGCAAGCAGUGUCUGUCUACACCAAUGGAACCGUGUUCCCCACAGACACAGAAGUCACCUUUGUGGCUGUUACCAAGGAAGCCACACCCUUGGAGUUUGUGUGGUAUUUUGGAGAUGAUCUUCCAAUAAGGACAACCUCCAGAAGCAUUCAAAGAAGACUUGAUGUCCCGCAGUGGUAUGCUGUGAUGGUCAAGGCCUCCAACAGCAUCAGCAGUGUAGCCUCGGGGCCCCACCUCGUCAGAGCGCAGAGGAGAAUUGUGGCUAAUCGGCUUAUGUCCACCACCUCUGCCCUGGUGAAUACCAGUGUGGCCUUUGAAUGCAGACUCAAUUCUGGCACUGAUGUUGCCUACCUUUGGAACUUUGGGGAUGGCACUAUCAGUCUGGGGAACAGCUCCACCAGCCAUGUUUACAGCAGAGAGGGAGAAUUUACGGUGGAAGUCCUUGCCUUCAAUAACAUCAGCUCUGUUCCCCUAAGGAAGCAGCUUUUCAUUGUGCGUGAGCCCUGCCAGCCACCCCCAGUGAAGAACAUGGGGCCCAUGAAGGUGCAGGUAUGGAGGUCUCAGUCCCUGAGACUAGGAGUGACAUUUGAAGCUGCCAUCCUCUGUGACAUUUCUCAAGGUCGUCUUUCUUACACAUGGACAUUCAUGGACUCCGAGGCAUCCCCUGUCACCCUUCCUGCUGCCAUCAACACAAACAAGCAGACCAUUGUGCUUCCACGUUAUGUACUGGAGUAUGGAAACUACACUGCCAUUGCCAAGGUGCAGAUUGAGGGCAGUGUGGUGCACAGCAACUACUGUGUUGGUGUGGAGGUGCGAGCCAGGGUGCCCAUCAGCAUGAUCUCUGAGGGCACACACCUGUUCAUUUCCAGAGCCACCCAAACCCCCCUCAUCCUCAGAGGGUCCCAGUCCUAUGACCCUGACAAUCCAGGGGCUGCUCUCAGGUAUCACUGGACAUGCACUGCUGCCAGCUUGCCUGGGCAGCCCUGCUUUGAUGACUCUACUCCAUACCGAGUGGACAUGGGAGCUCCCACUCUUUCCUUCCCAGCAAAAUGGCUCAGUGAAUGCUGUGACCAGUUUCUUGUGACGCUGACAGUGUCUAGCAAUGGCAGGAACUCUUCUGAGUCCCAGGUGUUCCUGUCCACCCACACUGACCCAGAUUUCAGAUUUGUCCACAUCUCAUGGGUCAACUUUAAAGACACACAUGUCAACUGGAAUGAAGAACUUUCUCUUCGAGCUGUGUGUGAAAACUGUGGAGAUGUUCAGGGACUCUCUUACUUCUGGGAUCUCUUCCUAGUCAAUGCAACAGAAAAGAAUAGGAUGGAAGUUGCCUUUUGUAGUACUGUGGGGCUGCUGGGUGCUUCUGCCCUUGGGGCCAUUUUGAAGUCUUCAGAGUCAAAUCUGCUGGAAGAUCCCAAUGGAACACUCACUCCCUUCUCACCGCUGCCUUCACCCAUGGCCCCGGAUGCUUCUCCAGAGUCCAUGUCGAGGAGCCAACCCAUUCCUACUGCUAGAUUCAUGGUGGGUUCAAGGGAUUCUUUUGAUGAGGGACCACUGGGCUCAGAGCCACCUUCACUGAGUGAAGACAUGAUGACAAUGAUCCUACCUGAGGGCACUUGGCUCCUCCCCUCCUCCUCUCCUGCCUUUGAUGAUUUUGAAGCCUAUUACAGUGACAUCCAAGAAGCAGUUCCUUCUGGAGGCAGACAGCCAGGGAACAGCGCCAGCCUCCCAGAGUUGGUACCAAGCAUGAAUGCUGAGGGGAACCCCAGAGAGGGGGAUAACCUGCUGGGCCCCUUCUCCUUAGGCAGAGAAAAGCCAACCCUCACAAUUGACUGGCCCAAGACCCUGGUCAGCCCAACUGUUUUCCGUGGUUAUACCUCCUCAGGUGUCACAGGACCAGCUCUGACAGUAAAACCAUACUCCCUGAGUAGUGGUGAGACGUACGUCCUGCAGGCUUCUGUUGCCUCAGAGCAUGGCUUAUGGGGCAAAGCUCAGGUCUAUUUCACAGUCAACCGGGAGCCACAAGACAUGGCUUGUCACGUGCAGCCACACCAUGGUCUCGAGGCACACACCAUCUUCAGCGUGUCUUGCAUGUCAGGGAAACCGGACUUUCGUUACAAAUUUAGUUACCGGAUAGGAAAUGCUUCCCCACAUACCCUGCACCAUGGACGAGAUACCCAGUAUUAUUUUGCACUGCCAGCGGGUGAGACCUCAGAUGAUCACAAAGUCAUGGUUUCCACCGAAAUCACAGAUGGCCAAGGUUCCAAGGCACGGCCGUGCACUGUGGCAGUGACCGUGCUGCCCCGUUACCAUGGAAAUGACUGCCCGCUUACAGAUCUAUAUCAUUCCAGCCUGAAAAACUUGUCUACCCUCCAGCUGGUGGGAAGUUACAUGGAAAUCAAGAACUACAUCACCAUGGUCACUGGGAUUUUGAGUCGUCUGGCUAAGGAGAAUGGGAACACUUCAUGUGGCCAAUGGUCACAAAUACAGGAUGCAUUAAUUUCUUCAGUAUGCAAACUACCUUGUACAGAUGAGGAAGCAAUGUUUGACUCUCUUCACAUAUUGAGAGACCUCAUAAGCUUCCCAAAUAAGUUAAGUUUCAUGAGUGCAGUGCACAUCCUCAAAUACACCCAGAUGUUCCUUGCUCAAGACCAGUUCUCAGGGAAGUUUGUGGUCUACAAAAAUCUCAGUCUUGAACUUGUCCUUCUUGUCUCUGGAGUUUGGGAAGCCACCAAGGAAGAAAAAAUGAGAAAUGAAGACUAUCUACAGGAAGAAGGACUGAAAGCAAUCUCAGAUGUGUUACUAGACUGCCUCUCCUUGAGCCGCAAGCAUCAACUUGACAUGGCAACUGGGCAGAUGGAGUUCCGGACACGUCUCCAUCACACCCUGAAGAGUUCUGUCCAGAGCCUGGGCUUCAUCCAGGUGCAUUUACCUGGUGACCUGGCCUGCCUCAGUCCUGCUCAAGUAGAAAUGCAGAGCACAUGUUACAUUAGCCAGCUUGUGCUCUUCAAAAGGAACCCUUACCCAGCGAUGCAAGCUCCUGGGCAGGUUGGUGGUAGCGUGCACCUCAUGCUGUACAGCUGUUCCAACAGAAGACCUGCCUGCAGAGGACGGCUGGAGACCCCUGUGAUGGUGGAGUUUGCAGAGGAGCCUGGCUCUGACCAGAGAAAUGCGGUGUUUGUGUUACUUCAGGAGAAGGUGAAUUCCCAUCAGUUCUAUGGGCUUUCUGAGAGCCCCCAGGAAUCUCUGCAGAUACAAGUUGAAUUUUCUAAGCCCAUCACUGGAAUGUUUCCCAUCAUGUUGCUAGUCAGGUUCUCUGAACAACCUAAGCCCACUGAUUUUCUGCUGAAACACAUCUAUACCUGGGAUGAGCACACUGUACAAAUCCACAUACCUGCAACUCUUAGGAAAGGAGCCAAUGUGGGGUAUUUUUCCCUAUUGGAUGCUGAUUAUGACAGAAGGCCUCCAAACAAAUAUUUUGCUGGGGCAGUGAACUAUACAGUACAGUUCCAGUGGGUCCGAUGCCUGUUUUGGGAUAAGAGAGAGUGGAGAUCUGAAGGCUUCUUUCCACAGCCAGGAACUUCUCCUGGAAAAGUUAAAUGCAGCUAUGAUCGCCUUGCACCUUUCUCCAUCCUACGAAGAAAAUUGAAUGCCAGUUUCGAAGUAAAUGACAUUUCUAAAUUAAAGAAUCACUCACAAAACCUGCUUCCCAGUAUUUUUAUUAUGGGUUCCAUGGUUCUAUAUGGAUUGUUGGUUGCUAAAAGCAGAUGUGCAAAUUCUGGUGAGAAAAAGAAAACUGGCUGCAUUUUUCUGGAAGAAAACACUCCACCAGGCCACCACCUGUACGCAGUCGUCAUUGACACUGGCUUCCGGUCACCAGCAACGUUUACCUCAAAGGUUUUCAUUGCAUUAUGUGGUAAAAAUGGACUUUCAGGAACUAAAGAACUCUGCUGUCCAGAGAAGCUUCUGUUUCAAAGGAAUUCCAGACACACCUUUGUCCUGAGUGCUCCCAACCAUCUGGGCCCACUCCAGAAGAUCUGCCUCUGGCAUGACAGCAGUGGGCCUUCUCCAAACUGGUUCAUCAGCCAUGUGAUGGUGAAGGAGUUGUGCUCAGGACAAGGCUGGUUCUUCCCUUCCCAGUGCUGGCUUGCUGUGAGCCGAGGUGAUGGUUGUGUGCAGCGAGAGUUCACGUGUCUGCGCUGUGGGAUUGGCUUUUGGAAGCUUUUCUAUUCAACAUUCAUGGAAUACCUGGAGGAUUUCCAUGUGUGGCUCUCACUGUACAGUCACCCUCCCUCCAGCAGCUACCAGCACACCCAGCGGCUCGCUGUGUCCUUCUGUCUGCUUUGUGUCUAUGCAUGCCUUGCUGCCCUCAUCUCCGCGGGAGGACAUGGACAAGCCCUGCUGGAUGUGGGCCCCACAAGCUUCAUGGUGAGACCCUUCAGUCUGGGUCUUCUGUGCACCCUCUUGGCCUCUCCUGGAGCACAGUUCUUGUCACUGCUCUUCAGGCUCAGCAAGGAAGAAAUAAGUCAUCCCUGGGCUGAGUCACAACGACCCCUGAGAGGAGCAGAGAUGGCGGCACCUCAGGGCCCUGGUCCCAUGCAAGAGCCACUCGAGCAUCCUGCAUCAGCCAUUCUCUCUGGGAGGGACAGCACCUGGAGGACAGCAGCCAGUGACAGUGGUGUGGCCCAUCCACCCCUAGAGUUGGAAGCCUGCAGGACUGAUGAGCUUGCUCUGGGGAAGAAAUGCAACCACUGCCCUUCCCAUUUGCAAGCUCCCAACAGUAGUUUGGAAGGACGUACAGCCCGGCGGUCAAGAGCCCAUCUGCCUUGGUCAGGCUUUGUGGCUUGGGCCAUCUGCAUGUCAGCGUCAUUGGCCUGUGGGUUGGGAACAGGAUACCUGGGCUACAGGUUUGUCCCAGCACAGUGUAUGUGGUGGCUGUACCUGCUGUCUCUCUCCUUGAUCUGCUGUGUGUUUGUCACCCAGCCACUCAUGAUCUGUGCCGUGGCACUGCACUUUGCUUGGAAAAGAAAAGAUGAUGACCAGUUUUUUACUGAAUCCUUAUGUGAUGCGACCAAAACUCUGGGUUUGGAAGAGUGCUUUGGAACCCAUGUUUGCCUUUUUCCCAGCUGCCUCAAGACUGCCAGAGCUGGAGAGGCUGAAAAGGUUUUAUCUGCUCGACAGCAAGAGUGCCCCCAGCACUGGGCUCAGGCACCAUCCGCAGCUCAGCUCAGAGUAACCAGGGAGAGACUGAGGACAGAGAGCCACAAGCAGGCAGCCCUGAGAGACACGGCUGGGAGCAUGCUCAUGCUGCUGCUGCUCUUGUUUAUGACGCAUGGGAAAUUCUCCUCAGAUGAAUGUUCUCUCAAUCAAGCUAUCCGGAAGGAAUUUACAAGAAAUGCCAGACGCUCCUUGGAGGAUGUAAGAAGUGCUGAUGACUGGUGGGACUGGAGUCUGAGCACGCUGCUGGAUGGGCUGCACCCAGAAGGCCCUUCUUCUGGAGCUUCAGGGGUUCAGCCUGGUGCUCUUGGAGGACAAUGCCACCUGAUAGGCACUUCAGUCAUCAAGCAGCUGAAAGUUUCUCCUAGUAACACAUGCAAGCCUCACAAGCCAUUCUCAGCAUUCUUGGAAGAUUCUUUCUCUAUGCAUCACCCUGAACUUGGCCUUGAGAACCAAACUGUGACCACUGGAGGUCCUGAAGCCUGUGGAGUGAGGAAGGAUUUCUGUGUGCACAGCCUAGGAAGAACAAGGCCUGAAGCCCAUGCGGCUCUGACCGCUCUCAGGGCCAGCGGGUGGAUAGACCACAACACUAGGGCUGUGUCUGUACACUUCAUCCUCUACAACCCUCCAACCCGACUCUUCUCAAGUGUGACCCUAAGCGUAGACGUGCUCCCCCCAGGAGGUCUCAUCCCCUCAUCCCUGGUGGAGUCAUUCAGCAUCUUUCACAGUGACUCAGCUCCACAGUACCAUCUUGUGCUUUCUGAGCUGGUGCUCCUGGUGCUCAACCUGACUCACCUCUGUUUCCAACUCUGGGGAAUGACUGUGGAAGGUCUCCUCAGCUACUGGCGAAAACCGAGACACUGGCUGGAGCUCUCUAUGGUUGGAGUAGCCCUGGCCUACUACAUAACAUCGGGCCACCUCACCACACUUGCUGGAGAUAUUGCUGACCAACUCCAUGAAGGACUUUGGCAGAUGUUUGUGUACCUCAGCCUGGUGGCAUUGUGGAACCAGAGGGCACGAUGGCUCCAGGGGACCCUUCUCUUCCUCUGCACACUGAGAUGCAUGCUCCAUCUUCUUGGCUGCUUAAAGAUGACAGCGUCCUCUUCAACAUGCUCCUUUCUCUCCAGAGUCUUUGCACCGGCGCUGGUGAGGACUCUGCUCCUGGUCACCCACGCCUACCUGGGUGGAUUUCUGCUCUUCACCUGGAUGCUUUCCUCUGGCACCUCUGCAGAUGGCUUUUUUGGGCUGCUGUUUUGUGUUCUAGGAAGAAGCCCAAAAGACUUAUUCCAUGACUUUUUGGAGCCUGGCCAGCGAGCCAUGACUUGUUACUGUAGAUUCCUAUUUCUAUUGCUGUCCACAUUUUGCUUCAGAAUGUUAAAAGCUUUCCUGGUGACUUUUUUCCGAAAAAGAAAGUCUCUCCACAGGAAAUCCGUUGUGACACUGACAGAUAUUGCUAGCUAUAUGUGGCAGAACGUCCUCGCCUUCCUGGGGCUGGAAACACCGAAGGUAGAAGAGAUGAAGCUGGCUCCAGAGCAUAAUUAUUACUUGGAGGAAUUUUCCAGUCUGUUAGAUGAACUUCUACUGAAGAUUAAUGAGUUGUGUGACAGACUGGAACUUCCUCCCCUGGAGACAGAAUUCAGGAGGGUGGUGGAGUCAGAUGCAGAAGAUGGUUCCAUAGUGGGCAUUGCAGGGUACCACACUACUCAGUGUGUCACUCAAGCCCAGGCUGUCCUGGAACUCACUCUAUGGAAACACAGAAGCUACAAACUAGCAGGGAUCCUCCUUCUUCAGCCCAGAUGA